CGCCCGGGACCGGGCCUGGGACUGCCCCGCACAAAGAUGGCGGCCGCUCCGGAGCUCCUUCAGGUCCGCGCGGCCCAUCAUUUCCGCCACGACGCCGGUGUGGGCGCGGAGCAGCGAUGGCCGGCGACGUGGUGGGACUGACUCUGAUACACGGUAGUUCGAAACAUAAGAUCGAGAUUGCAGCAGAACGGGAAGGCGGUGAGCCAACGCUACAGGACAUGGCAGCAGUCAUUGCGCAAGUUACCGGGGUACCCCAGCAAUUGCAGAAACUGAUCUGUAAAGGUAAAUCUCUUAAAGAGAUGGAACAACCAUUGUCAGUUCUUGGUGUUAAAAAUGGCUGUAAAAUAAUGAUGAUUGGUAAAAAGAACAGUCCAGAGGAAGAAGCUGAAUUAAAGAAGUUAAAGGAGUUGGAAAAAUCUAUAGAACAGUUAUCACGUAAGCUUGAAGAAAUUAACGUGGAGCUGACAGGCAUUCAGAAUGGGUUCCUAGCCCGUGAUCUUCGAUCUGCUGCAUUAAGUAAAUUAGAGAAGAAAGAGAAAAGCAUAACCGAACAGUAUAUGAGGUUUCUUGAACAGAUUGAUGCUAUGAAUUUGCCAGAUGAAUUUACUGACUGCAGGCACAGAAGAAAAGGUCUAGUGAAGAAUAUCCAGACUCACUUGGCCCGGUGUGAUGUCAUUGAAACACACAUCUCACAAGAAAUGGAGAAACUUCAAUCAAAGAAUCUUGCUCUUGCUGACUGACGUUUUGAAAAUAAUGCAGUUAUAAGCCUGCCAAUCUACAGAACCUAAAUUAUUUACAAACUGGUGUAAAUAAUAAUUUGAAAGCAGGAAACUUUGCAAUAAAUGUAACCAACUACUUUCCUGGACAAUAAUCUGUGUCUAUUCUAAUUUUGUCUUCUAUUCUGACUCCUUAGAUUACUUCUGUUCCUGGGUUUAUUGUAAAAAAUAUCUCUGUGCUAGUUAUGUCCAAUACCUGAACUCACGACCAAAGAAAAUGUCACCAUUGCUUUUAUUGUAGCAGUAUGUUAGUGUAUACAUAUAGUAAUUCAAAAUACAAUCUGCAUUUAAUAAAAUAUUUCAUUUUAUUAA